UAAAAGAUAAAAAUUUUACGCCAAACCUUCAACAUAUCUAUAAUUGAUACAAUUAUCCGUUUGUAUAAUUAAUUAUUGAUCACGUGGUCGCGGUGUACACAUAUUGCAUUAUAUUUCGACCAGAGAUUUAUUUACUCCCUGCGGCGAGCGCGGUGCGACGGGACAUGAUUUAUUUCGUUCGUGUUACGCGACGUGUAUUUCCUAUCAGAUAAGUUCUCGCAAUCUUUAAGCGGCAAGCACGGAAUCACUUUUUCACACUUAUUGCCUUAUCGAACUUCGGAUGCCCUUGGCUGAGGAAUGCAAAUCAGCAGGGCUUAACUUAGAUGAACCCUGUCGUCCAAGGAAAAGAGGCAUAGAGGAGAGUGGGCGGGAGGGGUGCGAGAUGGAGUAGAGAUCGUGGGAGAGAGUCAGAAGUUUCGGAUUACCAAGUGCAAGCCUCCUCCUUAGAAUCCAAAUGUCGUGGACGGGUUAGUUUGACUUUCAAUGGAUUGCCAAUCGGUGCAAAUGCGGCGCACCGUUGGAAUACGAUGGCACGUGCGCGGCUCGAUAUCCGGAUACAAAAUACAGCCAGCUGCCGUCUAAUUGGAUCAAUUCUCCGAUUGUGAACGUCCUUCACUAAAAUAAUUCGCUAUGUAUUCGCGUGAUAAAGCCAAACAUAUAUGUCAUCUUCCACACGUUAAAACAUUUAAAAAAUCUAUUAUAAAAAUCUAUUAUAGUUGAAAAUAUAUAUAUUACUAAAAUAGAAAUUGAUUUCAUUCCCGCGAAUAUAUCUUCUAUGUUUUAUCAAUAAUUAAUAUUAAUUGUUACUUUAAUUCUGUAACGGUUAUUGUUGCAAUGUUUAUUUUCCACGCGGAAGUAUCAGAAAAUUCGAAAUCUAUGCAGUUUAGCUACAUUCACAAAUUGAACAUGGAAUGUACGAAGCAUCGAUCACUGAAAUUUAAUGCUCCUUAUCAUCAAAGGAACUGAACGACGCGAAUAAAAUCAAGAUAAAAAAAAUAACAAAAAUGUCGAGAAAUUCUGUACGUGGAAAUUUUUGAGUAAAAUCAGUCAAAAAAAUUUUUCUAAUGACAAUAAGACGAUGCGGUUUCUGAAGGAUUAAUCAAAUCAAUCAUUUGCACUUUUAUCAGGUAAUUUGAUCUUUUAAGAAAAAUUGUAUUUCGACCAAAAAGUGUGAUAAAAGCGGAGCUGAGAAAGCUCGCGGUUAUACUUGGCUUAUAGCUGUGCUAUUAAUAAAGAAGAAACUGUACGCGAGGAGCCAUGCAUUCACGAAUACAAAGCACCCCAACCGCGACGUAUGUCCGUCCAUCCUGUGGGAUACCUUUGGUACGAUUUUCCGUCGGGAUACGAAGAGCAGUUUGAAGGUUCCUCUCGGUUUUCCCGGCUCCGACAGGCUACGUCCUGCAUCACAAUACUUCUCCAAUUUCCUGAGCAGAAGUUACGGGACACGUUCCAUCAUGACGUCACGGGAACAAAGCUCUUUCUCUCUCCCCCGCCGUCUUGCUCGCUUUUCGCUCCCGCAAGCCCUCAAAACCGUUCUUCUUGUAUAGAGCUGGUUGCUCCUUUCCUCCUUACACCCAGCAGAACGAGAAGAGAUGGUAGUGGGGAUAAAUAACCAUUCGGGGUAAACUAAGUUUGCGCGCGCCGCACCGCGACGAGAGAACGUCUAAAGAUCGCAAACGCGGUGACGGCGACUCUCGUUCGACGCCGUUCGAUCGUUAGCCGUGGAGAAUCGAUUCGUCUUGCUUUCAGUGCGUCUGCCAAGUUCCCGUCGCGAUGGUUCGAAUAUGCAAAAAUAAUGGGCAAGUCUGCUCAUUAUGUUUUCGUUACGGCGCGACGCGAAAACUUGCCGCGUCGUCGUCGAGAGGGAGGGAAAAACUUUGCGUGACUCUGCGCGCGAGGCGAAAGGAAAAUCCUCGUGUUUAAAUUUCAAAAUGCGACACGUCAAUUUAAUAAUUUUGUUAGUCACUGUAAAAGUUCAGAGGUGCGUUUUAAUUUUUGCAUAGAUAGAACUUUAGACGGAGAUAUUACUAGAAAAAUAGAACGGAGUGAAAGGUAAAGGUAAACGACUAUCUUUUUUCGUAAGUGCCGCUAAAUUGAAUGUGAAAAGCCCCGUUUAAUGGUCACAUGGCAAUUUACGACAUUCUAAAACGUAACGUUCUUUCACGUAGCAUGUUAUAAUCCAAUCUAAUAGAGUAUCUCGCGCUCGAAAAAUUCUAGGAAUUGUUGUUAAAGUACGAUAAAGGAGUUGCUCGUAUCUAUCUAGCGGCAGCCAAUUUGAUUGUGACUCCUUUCGCAGAAUACCGCCGAGUUCCUUAACGAAGAUCCACUUAUAUGCAGUAAAAGUGCAAUCAGCCUGAUCGCUAAUGCGCCCUCACGGCCGAUGGGCGGCAGUUUCGUGUCGUCUAAAUGGAAUUUGCAAUUAUCCACCUCGGGCAGGAUCCCGGACCCAGUAUCAAGGCUCUUGAUACCGGCUGGGACGGCUCUUUGGUUUGCCUGGUCCGACCCUAGGAAAACCGCUCGUAAGAUGCUUGUGGUUACGUCACUGAUAAAGGAAUGGACGGUCAAGGUAGAGAUGGAAAGGCAUGCGGUUGAGGGAUGUUACUAAAGCAAGUUCUUAAAGCACAAAAAUAUCAACUGUCUGAUAUUAUAAUAUAUCAUGAGAUUUAUAUUAUCUGUAAUAUAUAUAUAUAUAUUGUGUAUAAUAAGAUUUUUAUAACGUCCAACUCUAAAGACAUUCUGAAAACAAUAUCUUAUCGCGCAUUCGCAUGAUAAUACAUUGCUGCUAUCUUCAGAUAUUAUCCCGUGAAAGAGCAUCAGGAGAGGAUCAAGACCACCAGAAGCGGCAUCGCUUAAUGAAGCUACGCGGCGCCUUUGCCGCCGUCGUCAUAUGGCGAAUGCGGAUGCACGCAUUUGCGAGCAGCGCACAAAUUUAUUAAUAUUAGAAUCCAACUUGCAAGAAGGGAACGCGUUGUAUCGCGUGUGCAGUUUCGUAAUAAGGACGAGACUCGCUCGAGCACAGAGAGGGAAGAGCGACGGGAGGAGAACAUCGGUGGCGAUGAGAGGGAGGCUAACUGCCGGGCGUGGACUAUGCGCGCCACGUGUAAUUAGCAAUGUUCCGGGGUGUAGGGACUCGACUUUAAUGGAGCGCGUCGCAUUAACCCCGGCAUUUGCACGUCAGGCACGAAGAUCGAGUGGAGUCGCGCGCACGCGGGUGUAUGCUUCUCCUUCUUCGACCGGCAAUGAACGGAUCCGGGGAAUCUCUCUCUCUCUCUCUCUCUCUCUCUCUUUCGUCGGCCAUUGCGCGAAAAGUCAUCCGUGAGAGUCGAUUGUUGUUGACGAGCGGAAAACAAGGGAUUUGUUCUUCACAAAAAAUAUCGGAACAAACCUGCCUUUAAGAAUCACCGACUGGAGUAAAAGUACCGAAUUCUUCAUCAUUUUUACGAAAUCUCGAUAUAUAAUUCUCGGAAUUAUAUAUUUAAAAUUGCGCGUAUCAUCGUGAGAUUUAUCAAUCAAUGUAAAUUAUUUGAUUUAUUCCAUGAAAAACAGUGGCAAAAAUUAUGUAAGGAACGUAUACUUUAUAAGGUCCGUGGAUAAAGAUGCGGUAAUAAUCUCGCGGUUUUACCGAGCACAAGUAGAAUAGAAGAGAAAAAUAAGAUACAGAAAGAAGCAACGGAUGCGGACACGUGGUACACUGCAUUUGGUUGUAGCGCUGCGCGGCAAAGUUAUACGGUGUAAGAGCAGAGUUAUAUUACCUGGCCUGCGGGGUCUAACGCAUUCAAUUUGCGCAGGUGUUUCUCGCUACUUUCUCAAUAUUCGACGGCGCAGUGGGGCACGGCGCCGCCAUUUCCCCGUGGCAGUAAACUCAGUUUUAUUAUUGAUAGUCCGGCACUCGAGGUACCGUUCUCCUUCCUCCAGGAAACGGUAUCCUCGCAGCCCGCGCAACGAGCUACCUGAGCCCAAUGACUCGUUCGAGCAUAAGUACCACUGAUACAUGUCCGGAUGCUUUUACUCCUUUUUGUUUAAAUUAUUGGCGAACGAAUGUCAUUAUUUUUCCAAUGUUUAAAUUCCAAGCAGUGUUACUUUGCUUCAUUCGUCGCACUCAAAUUCGCAAAUUUGAAAUAAAUACUGCGUGGAGGUGAGAGAAGCAGAAGCACUCGGUACGUUAUCAUACGUUUCAAUAAUUCUUGAGAAGUACAAGAGAGGCGUUGUAAUGUCCCUCGUUUACAUUCUCAUAAAAUCUUAGCACAAUCGUACGUGAUCUACAAUUGUGAUUUCAUUUCUCCGACGCGAGAAGCACUCUGCCAUCGUCAGAAUGGUUAACAAAGGACGAAACAAAACACGAAACGCAAUCCUUGUAAAGGCAAUUAAAAAAUAUUACAAGAGACCCUCGCCUGGAAUUCGCAAUGCCUCGCGAUUCUCCAACCGGUUCUGCGCAAAAUAAAUAUGCUAAUUUCGGUCAUAAAAUUUCCGACGGCGAAAUUCCGCUGAAUUCAUUUGCGGACUUUUCCGCGGAGAGUGUACGUUUCUGUACUUCCUCCCUCUCGCGCGGAGCUGCGUCGCGAAGUGUGAUAUAUUAGGGCGCUUUUGCACAAAGAGCGAAUUACAUUCGCACUUAUACGACAUCCUGUAGACGUUCCAGGCUGAUCAUAAUCUUCACGAUUGUGGCGAAUUAGUACUCGACGAAAAUAUAUGUAUCUCAGGUAAUAAAUUGCGUUGCGCAGUGAAAAUUGGGAAAUUUGCCAAAAGAAAAAUUUUAACUUGAAAACGCGUUUAAAAAGAUAUAUAUAAUUUUUAUACAGAACAAUUUCAAGAAUCUUCGCUGAAUGUUCCUUACGUUCGUGAAAAAAGAACUCAAGACUGCCCUUAUUUUCAUUCGAUAUUUUUCGAAUUAAAAACAAAUCUAUCGAAGAUAUUUCUGCGUGGUAUUGCAUUUUUCUUGAAUAUAAGUUCAAACGUAUGUCAAUUAAGUUUAGAUCGAACUGAAAAAAAAAUCAGGGUUGUUUACAUAUAAAAUAUCAAUAUAAAUAUAACUUUACCUUUAUGGACGAUUGAAUGUAAGGAACACUCGGCGAAGAUUCCUUAAACUAUUCUAUAUUCGAUGCCAUGCAAUCGUGCAUCUCGCUUACCGUAAAUACGCACGGAAAUUGUAGAAAGCGAUUAAGUAACAUUCGAGAGACCGAGUUAACUAACUCCAUUAGCAUUCAGGGGACAUGCUUUGUGGCGUCUCCUAAUUUAAUAGCCCCCACAGUUUAGAGCUAGAGGCUACGACAUUUCGACUGCCGCGAUAGUUAUGAUAAUAGCGCGAAAAGGAAUUUCAAUGCGCACUCUCGUGUGCACGUGUCGGACAUAUGAUUGGUAUUCAGUAUCGAUAAGCAGGUGUGGUAUAUCGUAUCGCGAUAUCAGUUCCGAUUCAUGUUGGCACAGGUGGUGCAAUAUAAUAGAUAUAAUCAACAAUCCAAGUAUUAAAAUAUGAUUAUUGCACGUACAUAAAUUUUAAUAACGUAACAGCACAAAGAACAAAACGGGUAAAUGUGUCGAUUUUGCUGAAGAGGUGGCGUGGGUAAGUUUAUAAAUGAGUUAAUUUGAGAGUAAUGUCAUUAGUUAUUAAAUAGCUAAAGCUACUGCUAUAAUAUCAUGUUCUUCAAAUGUCUCGUAUUUUCGUUUCACACGAGAAGAUAACACAUUUUGAAUUUUCCACUUUCCGGCACCUCGUUCCUACCUGCGCAUCUUCGAGGAGAUAAGCCCGGGGAAAAAAGUCACGUUCGCGCGGUUUAUCCGAUUUUCCUCUUUGUACCACCGGCGUGUCACCGCCGAUUCCUUGACAAAGGGAAGCGAGCAAGGGCACGAGAGCAAAAAACUGUCUCCUUCAACACUUUCCGGAUACUACCAACACUUUCGGAGAGCAGCGCGAAGCAGUGGUUCGUCGUGUUAAACGCUUCCGGUCGCUACGUGCGAUCGACGAAGGCUCGCCGAGCUCGGCAGAUAUUUUAAUGGAAGUUCGAACUCGACUUAAGAUAUUUUGCCCGAGCGGUGCGAGGUCGCCGAAGUGUUCAUAAUGAGAUGUUAAUGGAGUAGCCGAGGAAAAAAAGUCUGUCACUCGUCACGUCACGGUAUCGACAGGUCUCUCCCUGCUCGGGAUCCCUUCGGACUCCCCCUUCGUCUCCGCCUUCUCGAUGCUUCUUGAGUUCGACUUCUUCUUUACGCCGUGGAACGGCGAGCAUUUUCACCCUCCCGCGUGUCCUUCGAUCGGAAAGGGCGAAGGGGGAGCCUUAUAAUCCAUUUUGUCUACCGCAGACUUCGCAAAUGAACUUCGCUUAAAAACCCUUUCUAGUAGGACCGGCUAACCGGGUCGAUCGACAAAUAAUCUUGCAUCGGAGAUGAAAUCCCGCCAGUGAACUUGCGGCGAGGACGGAAGGAGGAGGGCUGUGUGGAACUAAUAUUUUUUUUGAUCCUAAUAAGGAUAGAUGACAACCGCUAAGAGCACAAAAUGACGAAGUCCCAAGUCAUUUUUCAGCAAUUAUCGGCUCUGUUCGCCGCUUCGGCCACGCUACGGGACGUUUUAUACCCAAACGAUAAUGAUCUACGACGACAAGACGACACGGGGUAACGAGCAAGUUGCCGGUGUUCAUUAAUUCCGCGAUUAAGCCUUUCGAGACAGAGUUACAUCUAGCUUCUGAAAGAAGUCGUCUAUCAAGUUUAUUUUAGCUAAACUCUACAUACAGACAGACACCGCCUGAUAUCGGUGCUGUUUUUAGAAUAAACAAGUAUGCUUAAGGUCGUUUAAAAUUGGGAUAUCUGUUAAAUCAGAUCGUCAUGGUCUACGAGCGUUAAAUCGAUAUUCCUUAGACCUCAAAAUAGACGCUAAGGACUGUAGUCAUUGGCAUUGCAUUGCAUUGCAUUGAUUUUAAGCGGAAGAUUCGACUCGACGCGGAGCUUUCUAUAAUAGUAACGUCGUGGAAAGAGAGCUGGAUGUAUCCGCCUUGCGUUGAUAUCGCCGAGGUCAAGGCGCGUCUUGUAAGACAUUGUACGUCUCGUCGGAACAAAGUUUUGGAUACAUUGAAUUUGCAUGAUAGCCACAUCACCGAGACGUGAGAAAUAACACAAAUGAGAUGCGGGGAAAUAUAUUUGAUGUGGACAGCGCGAUACAAGUUUGGUAGUUGUGAGUAUCUUCAGCGAAUAUUUGAUAACCCCAGGGACGCGCUGUCUAACUUAUAACUACGAAAUAACACCGGCGGGGGACGCGGCCGGGGCGCGCUAUCAUUUUGGGUUUUGCCCAACUUUCUGUUUAAUAUGAAUGUUUUUUGUCAAUUAUGUCGAUUGCUCGGCUAGUAUUCUGAACAUCGAGAUAAAACUCCAAUAUAAUAUAGAUAAUAUUUUUUUAAUGUAUAAUGAUCUUCUAUGAAGAUAAAAUUCAGGAUAUUAAAAAAAAAGCUGCAAACGUUUUUCUACAUAAUAAAUGAUAAAAAUGCUCACAAGUUAAAUGACGCCAUUUAAUUUUAUGCACGAGCUCGCGUGAACGUGAGGGGGCCGGUAUCUACCCUCGAAUACAGAUCGAUACAUUUUAUGGCUCCACGAUGGAGCUAUAAAAUGUUUCUUCUGUUAACUCAGACGACAGCGUUUUCUCAUCUCAAACUGUUGCCACUGAAUUAUAUUUUGCCGACACACGUGAAAUAUCGGAUCAGAUUAUCGAUUGGGUAAACGUCGUCUAAUUGAACUAACGAGACCUAAAAACUAACUAGCGAUAAUUACUGCUAUAAUUAUCGUAGCGUAUCGCGGCUACUUACGUCAGCUCGUAUCUCAAUCUGACCUUCUCGUGUUACUCAAUGACGCAACUCAUUAGCUGUGCUGUUUGCACGAAAUGAAAUUUCGAGCUCUUAUUCUCGUACUUUUUGUCAGUCACUUUUCACAGUCGAGAGAAAACAUUUCGUUGACGACGACGAGGUACGAGGAGAGGACGUCUCAUCGAUUCGGCGCCAAGUCGUUUCUUCCUGACGAACUCGUAAAAGCGAGACCGAGGGCCGUAAACCCGCUCCGGGGAAGGUCGGACGGAGCCGCUGAAUAUUCACGAAUUCACCGACCUACACGCCGUACUACACCGAGAGAAGGACCCCCGUGUGUGCGCGCUCGUGUCUUACAUAUUCCGUAUCCACGCAUGCUAUGCGUCAGAGCAUCGGAAACGGAGGUCCGUGCCGAAGAUGACGGGGUUAAGUAGAUAAAGGGAGCAGGCCUGGCCACCAUCGACGACGGACGAUUCCCUCGGCUUCUCUCUUUCUCAUCGCAGCGCACAAUGCUCUGCCACCGCGCUCUUGUCGUUCUCUUCGCUGUCAACGUGCCAAUCGUGACGGGGAUAGAGCCAGACUUCGCUUACCCGCUGGAGAACGUAACGAUCCCGCAGGGUCGAGACGCUACCUUCACCUGCGUGGUGAAGAACCUCGGUGGAUACCGGGUGAGUCCUUCCUCCUCCGUGAGCGGAGAUCACUCUGGCAGCGCCAAGGCCCGGGUGGCGUGGAUUAAAGCAGACACCAAGGCGAUCCUAGCGAUUCACGAGCACGUGAUCACGAACAACGCCCGUCUGUCGGUGACCCACAGCGACUACAACACGUGGACGUUGAACAUUCGCAGUGCGCGCCGGGAAGAUCGCGGGAUUUAUAUGUGCCAGGUCAACACGGACCCCAUGAAGAGCCAGAGCGCGUUUUUGGAGGUGGUAAUACCGCCAGACAUCAUCUCAGAGGAGACCUCGAACGACAUGAUGGUUCCCGAGGGAGGUGCCGCGAAGCUGGUGUGCAAAGCGCGCGGUUAUCCCAAGCCCGACAUCGUGUGGAAGCGAGAAGACGGCGCCGAAAUCAUUUCACGUGCCGGCCCCGGCAAGACAAAAAUACCCAGUGCAGAGGGUGAAGUGCUGACUUUGUCGAAAGUAACUAGGGGCGAGAUGGGCGCCUACCUGUGCAUCGCCAGCAACGGAGUGCCUCCGUCCGUCAGCAAACGAAUGAUGCUGCACGUGCACUUUCACCCGAUGGUCCAGGUACCGAACCAGCUGGUCGGAGCUCCGAUCGGAACCAACGUCACGUUGGUCUGUCACGUGGAAGCGUCACCUAAGGCCAUUAAUUAUUGGACUCGAGAAUCGGACGAAAUGAUAAUCACCAACAGUAAAUACACGAUGUCCGAGGUGAAGACAUCAGUGUACAGCGUGCAGAUGCGACUGGUGAUCAUGAACCUGCAGAAGCACGAUUUAGGUGGCUACAAGUGCAUCUCGAAAAACUCCAUCGGCGACGCCGAGGGGAACAUCCGGCUUUACGACAUGGAGCUACCUAAACAUCCUAAAAAGGGCGGCGACCGGCGAGCAGACGACGACGCGGGCGAUUCGAUCGGUGAUCGCGAUCACAGAUUGAACCAUGCGCAUCAGGGAUCCCUGAGGGAAACGGGAUCGACCCUGGAACCAGUCUUCGACGCGGACGACAAUUCAGCGUCCACAACGUCGAGAGACAACGCGCCGCCGGCGAUGAUUGGCGUCGUCCUGAUCAUGCUGCACCACUUGCUCGCUUCGACGUAA